AUGACCGUUACUAAGCCCAAGAAGAAUCAGUCAAAAUUAAACACACUUCUUGCUGUGGACAACUGCAAAAACCUGGCGGCAACAGAGGAGGAUUCCAUCUUGGCCAGACGAACAGGCCUCAGACUCCUCAACCUUGGCUGCAAACGUACUGUAGUCAGCAGCCGUCACAGGCGAGAUGAAGCUAAUGUUACAGGACCUACAGAAGGAGUUGCAAUCUGA